AUGUCCACCUCACUCACACGUACAAUCAAGAACAUCUACAGUUCCGGUCUCAAAAGAGCCGCCUGGCAAAUCCAACAUCACAACGAUACAAAACGUGGUUGGUUAGUAGGAGAAGAUGAUUUCGGUAACAAAUUCUAUGAAACUGAUGCCCCGGAAGAAAUCCAUAUGAGAACAAGAUGGGUAGAAUAUAAUCAAUGGCAUAAUGAUAUGUCCCAAGUUGAACCUGGUUGGCAUUAUUGGUUGGGAUAUGGGACAAAUACUCCUCCUAAUAAAUUGGUGGGGGAUGAAAAAGUUGUAAGAGCAUAUCCUAUGCCGGCUCAACAUAAACCGAAUUAUACUAAUAAACCGGGGGCAUAUGUUUGUUAUAAUACUGCGAAACCUAAGUGUAAUGCUUGGACUCCGGAAGUUAGGGAGAGAGCAUAG